AUGUGGGGCGGGCUGGCCCACUCAGUCAGGGAAGUACUCCUGCAGGGUGGAGUACGCCAGGGUGAUCAGGGUCAGGGUGUGCCCAAUGGAGAGCAGGCUGUCCAACAAAUCAAGGGACAGCCUGCCUUCCCCCCCAACCUCCCUGGCCAGUCCUCCCUGACCUGCGGGGUUCCCGCUGCGGCUGUAGGGAAGGGCCGUCCGGCUCCGGGCUGGCCCCCACCUGGCCAGCCUCAGCGGAGCCGGCCUCCUGCCCCGGGCUGGGCCCCACCUAGCCAGCCUCGGCGGGGCCGGCCUCCUGCCCCGGGCUGGUCUCCACCUGGCCAGCCUCGGCGGGGCCGUCUUCCUGCCCCGCCUCGGGGACAGGGGCGGCCUGAGCCUUUACGGGGGGGUCUGGUUGGCUGCCCACUCUUUUGCCAUUGCAAAAGAGUACUGGGCAGCCCUGCCCCCGCGGACACCCUGCCCCCUGGCCAGGCAGAGGAACAAGACGGCGUGCUGCCUCGCCGUCGUGCGCCUCACGCCUGCCAGGAGGUCUCUCAGGGUCAUUUCCUGGCAGAAGACUAUCCUGUCUCCUGCCAGGCACUCGACCCUGAUGGGUGUCUACGGGUCUUUGGCGGCCAGCCUGCCCACCUUCAGACUGGCCGCCUUCUCCGACACGAGGGGCUUUACCCCCCCUCGGUCCCGUUAGGGAAGGUGAAGGAGGCGAUGGAGCGUCUCCCCUUGCCGCAGCGGCCCGGUGACCGGGGCAGGGACAUCCUGAUGGCGUCCAGUUAA